AUGGCCCGUGACCGAUGUGAUAGCAGCAUAAAGAACGAUAAGGUUUGUAAUAGCAAGAGUUACCAUAUCGUCACGCCCGUCAUUGAGCUUUCAUACGAGCAAAUGGCAAACUUUUAUGGGCGUAGACUUGGAAGGCGAAAACUAGGUAUAAAGACAGCUCCAUAUAAUCGAAAUUGUUCAGGAGAUGCUAAAAAGGAACUGGCCCUUGUUGCAAAUACAAUCCAAAGUCAGUCAUGGUCUUCGGAUACGAGGAAGGCUCCAAAGACUGCGCCAAUCGCCGUAGAAGAAACUCCGCAACCUGAAUCUCGUAGGACUUCUGAAAUUCAGCAAGCUGGUGAAGUGAGGGUUGACACAUCCCCUAGUGAAACGGAAGUUGUUCACCCGCAACGGCAAGAAUCUGAAUCUUCUGCUGGUCACAUUUCCACUGGCAGUGUACGACCGCACUGGCGGGUGUCCAGUGAGGAGAAAGCAACAAAGGAACGGGAAACCACUCCAACUAAGCCUACGCUCUCAUUUUUCGAAGUUGACGAGAACUCGCGUCCUGUGCAGGUGACACCUCCGCAGCAGCUUUUAAUCGGCCAGACUCCGUCCCCCAAAAACAUCGGCAGGUCACAUUCUCCGCGGGCCCCAUCUCGCGAACGCGCCCCUGAGCGAGUGGAAGGAGAAGCUCUGCUAGCAUGGGCGCAGAGGGUAACAAGCGGAUAUUAUGGAGUGAAAGUGAACGACUUCACGAAGUCAUGGCGAAGUGGAUUGGCUUUGAAUGCGCUACUGCAUGCUUAUAGGCCGGAUUUAGCUGGAAACUAUGAUGCUUUGGACUUCUCUGAGACAAUGAAUGGAAGAAAAGCGAAUGUGAAAAAGGUUGGCAUAGAAUGGCAUUGUCUUCCUUUUGUGCAGUUGGUAGCAUCGAAAUUCUGA